CAACGGUGCCUCACAGGUGUGCAAAGAGCCCGCAGUGCGAGUGCAAGCCCUGGUCUUACCCCAAUUACAUAGCCUGGAUAUCGAAUUGGAUUAAACGCAGCCCACACACCUAUUUAACACUACCAACAGAAGAAAAAAAGAGUCGAAAGCGCAGAAAACGGAUUAUCGCAUGUGUUUUUAGACAAAGUGUAACGAGCUGAGUGAUAUACAAUAUAGAGUGAUCAAAACUGAACAAUCUGUGUGUGAAAAUGUGGAAAACGUUGUGCAUGCUGCUUCUUUUGACGGCCACCUGCAGCGCAGGACCGCUGUCCGUCCACCAGAAACGAAAAGCGCCCGUAACGCGCGAGGAACCUGUGCCAGCUGAGGUGGAAAUGCCGGAACAAACCGAAACGGAGGAUGAGUCGGCUCCAGCGGAAGCAGCUUCCCUGGGCACACUCACCCUGCCCAGCAACGCCACCUCCAUACGGUCGGACAUCACGGAUAACUUCUCGUGCGCCAACAAGACCUAUGGCUACUAUGCCGAUGUCGAGAACGACUGCCAGAUCUUCCACGUGUGCCUGCCGGUUACCUAUGCUGAUGGCAGGGAAAAUACUUUCCGCUGGAGCUUCAUCUGCCCCGAGGAGACCAUCUUCAGUCAGGAAUCGUUCACCUGCAUGCGACGCGAGGACAUGACCAUUGAUUGCGAGGAUAGCUCCAGAUACUACGAACUAAAUGGCAACUUUGGUGGUGCUGCGGAGGAGGAAAGCAAGCCCACUCCCGUUGAGAGUGAGGAGCCGGAGAAGGAGGAAUCGGAGCCCGAAGCCGAACCCGUUGAGUCAGAGCCAGAGGUGCCGGCGGAACCAGAAGUCCAGACAGCCAAGCCCAUGAAGCCAGUCAAGACCCAAAAGCCCAAGCCCAACCGAAGGAAGCCCCAGCCGCAGCGAAAGGUUCCAGUGGCGGUUACUGCUGCACCGGAGGUGCAAGCUGCUCCCGAGCCAGUUGCACCCGUCGAAGUGGAGUCCAAGCCCAUGAAGCCACAGAGGUUCACCAGCAGACCCAACCAGGAGAGGCCGCAGGUGAAAAGACCUGCAAUUGCUGCUCCACCCAUGCGAAAUGAGCUCUUCAAUGGCAUCCGAAAGCGUCCAGCCAUCUUCAAUAAGCCACCAACUACUGUGAAACCAGUGGAGGAAGUGGUGGAGAAUGAACCGGCGGUCACAGAGGCAGUGGUUCAACUCAGUGAGCCCCAACCCACACUGAAACUGCAGACCAUGUUUGCGGAACCGGAAGUUAUUCCUGUGGCAGUCCAGGAGCCAGAAGUUCAGGCUUCCGAGCCAGCUGUGACUUUCGUUCAGCCAGAGCCCGUUGCUGAAGAAGUCGUACCUUCGGAGAUGGCGAUUGAUACCAGGAUCGAGGAUGUCAAGCCCAUUGAAGCCAUCGAGGAAAUUCCGGCAGUCAUAGUGGAAAGUCUAGAUCAAACAAUGCCCCAGGAAAUUCAGAAAGCACCCGAAGCCCAGGAGGAAGCUAAGAUAACUGAAGAGGCCAAGCCAGAAGAAGAACCCAAGCAGGAAGAAGCUUCCAAGGCAGAAGAAGAACCCAAGCCAGAAGAAGAGCCCAAGCCAGAAGAAGAAAUUAAAGUGGAAGAAGAGCUCAAGCCAGAAGAAGCAGCUAAGCCUGAGGUUGAGCUCAAACCCCAGGAUAUCCAAGCCGAAGAAGAGCCGGAAGUGCCAGCCAAGGUGGAGGAGAUCAUUGAAGCUAAACCCGAGGUAAUAAAAUCGGAGCCAGCUAUUAUGGAGGCCAGCACCUCCAAUGAGGAACCCUUGGUCAAUCUGGAAGCUCUGGAGGCAGCUAAGCCAGCAGAUGCACCCGAGAGCAUGGCAGCCACCCCUGAAAUGGAACAGCACAGUCCGCUUGUGGAAGAAAUCCUGGACAACACUCACGAUGGAGAGGCGCAGGAGUCCCUGGGAGGCUUCAAGCCAGUGGAUCCCGUGAUGGCCGCCGAAGCGGAACAGUUGAUCACCGACUUUCUGAACACCCUGAAACAGAACGAAGAGAAACCAGAGACUGAUUUGGCUGAGAGUAUAUUGCCAGCGGAUAGUGCAGAUAUGGCUGAGAGUAUAUUGCCAGCGGAUAAUGCAGAUGUGUCUAUUGAGGAGGCCAAACUUCCGGAACCCGAGGUCGUGGACAAGACUGCCUCAGUUGAGGAGCAGUUGUUGGAGGAAACCGAAGACAAGAAGACCCAGAAGACCGAGAUGAUGCAGGACUCUGCGAUCAUCAACAUUAUGCAGGUGCAGCAUAUGCCCAUGGACUACAGAAUCCCAGUCCGGAUAAUUCCCGCGGAAAUCCAGCCUGUUCCCGCCAUCUCUGAGGCAUCAGAGGUCGCUAAGGAAAGCGUUCCAGAGGUGCUAUCCGAAUCUGCUUUUGAGAAGGUCGAGGAAAGUGCUCCAGAAGAAGCUAAAGAAACCGUUCCCGAAGAACUUGUCGAUACAUCUCCUGAGGAAGUCAAACAAAUUCCUAGUGCAGAAAUCCAGGAAUCCCCUGUAGAGGAGCCCAAAGAAACUGCUCCUGAAGAAAUUAAGGAAAGCACUCCCGAGGAAAUCAAAGAGACUGCUCCAGAGUCGGAGGCUGAGCUGGUGGCCACGCCCGAGCAGACUGCUUCCCACGACGAUGACGCCCAGGAGAGUCUAGUCACGGCCGCCUACAUGCCCUCCAUUGAGGACAUCGUGGAGCUGGUGAAGGAGCGUCUGGAUCAGACGCCCAAGAAGGAUCAGCUGGCUCCCAUGGAGCUGAUACUCACGCCCGGUGGUGAUGAGCCCAUGUCCUUGGUUCAGAGCAAUCCAGAUCAGUUGGAGCCGGAAUCUCAGCCCACAAAGGAGGCGGCGUCCACUGCCGAGCAGAAAGAGGAGGUCAUCCUGCCCAUUUACAAGCGCGUCUCCGCCGCCGAACCCGCCAUGUCCAAGGUGCAAACGCUGCCCGUAACGGUGAGCAAAGUGGAUACGGAUGCUCUGCCGGAAACUGAAUCCCAGCCUGAAGUGCGGGAACCCAAGAUGGACGCCCGCAAGCGACGUUUCCUGUUCCGCGCCGAUGCCAGCUAAAAAGGAAUAUGGGGAGAUAUAGCGAGGAAUAGAUACCAAUCCUGGCAAGGAUUAUUCUCCCACUUAGCCCGAACCGGAACCCCGUUCACCUCCUAGUUCCCAAUACGCUAUCCCACUCGUUUGCACCUAGGCAAGUUGUAUUUAAUAAUUUUUUGAUUUCCUAGUUUUAUGGCCAUUUCUCAAAGGAUAAUUGCGGACGAGCGUUGAAAUUUAAGUUUAGAAUUGUUGUUCCGAUCAGUUAGAGAAACAAACUACAAAAAAAAAUUGCAAAAAAUCUUAAAAUAAAAAUAU